AUAAAAGUGAUGGUCUACAAAUUACAAUUGAUCAUAUUAACAAGUGAUGGAAGAAUUGAUUAUAUAUACUUGAAGGGCUCAUGCAAAACACUCACAAGAAAUGGCUCUACUAUUACUGCUGCAGCAAUCAUGGCAAGAGCUACAUAAACUAUCCUUCCAAUUAAAUCCCCUCCUCUCCCUCCUUAUCCUCUUCACUUUUCUUUAUGUUUUCAAGCACAUUAGAAGUGACAAAACCAAUUUACCACCAUCCCCACCAAAGCUACCAUUCAUUGGAAACCUUCACCAAUUAGGAACAUUCCCACAUCGUUCUCUUCAAGCUCUCUCAAAGAAGUAUGGCCCUGUAAUGCUCUUAGAUUUGGGGCAUACUCCAACCCUAGUGGUGUCAUCUGUAGCUAUGGCCAGAGAAGUAAUGAAGACACAAGAUAUCAUUUUCUCAAACCGGCCAAAAACUACAUCUGCCAAUAUCUUCUUCUAUGGAUGCACAGACGUAGCAUUCUCAUCCUAUGGUGAGUACUGGAGACAAGCUAAGAAAAUUUGUGUUCUUGAACUUCUGAGUCUCAAAAGGGUGCAAUCUUUCCAGUAUGUGAGAGAUGAAGAGGUUGCAAUAUUAAUCAAUAACAUACGUGAGUCAUGCCUCCAAGAGGCUUCUCUUAAUCUAAGUGACAUGUUGAUUGCAACCGCAAACAAUAUAGUCUCUAGAUGUGUACUUGGACAGAAGUUUGAAGGUGAUGGUAAGAGCGGGUUUGGGCACCUAUCAAGAAGGAUAAUGGAGCUAUUUACAGCAUUCUGUUUGGGAGAUUUUUUCCCUCUUUUGAAAUGGAUUGAUGUCCUUACAGGGAUAGUACCAAGUAUGAAAGCCACUUUUCGAGAACUUGAUGCUUUCUUUGAUGAGGUUGUGGAAGAACACAAGACAAUGAAAAGUAAUGAAGAAAAUCCUAGCAAUAAAGAUUUUGUGGACAUUCUCCUCCAACUUCAAAAGAAUCCCGUGCUCGACUUUGAGCUCACUAAUGACAACAUCAAAGCAAUCCUAAUGGACAUGUUUGUGGGAGGGACAGAUACUACUUCAACAACUUCGGAAUGGUUAAUGGCAGAGCUUAUCAAAGCUCCGAGUACUAUGAAGAGAGCUCAAGAAGAGGUGAGAAGAAUUGUGGGAAAGAAGUCAAAGAUAGAUGUGAAUGAUAUUACUCAAAUGGAUUACUUGAAAUGUGUCAUCAAAGAAACACUAAGACUUCACCCACCAAUUCCUCUUAUGGUACCUCGAGAAACAUCAACAAGUGUGAAAUUUGGAGGUUAUGAUAUUGCACCAAAAACAAGAGUAUUUGUCAAUUCAUGGGCAGUCCAUAGGGAUCCUGAGGUAUGGGAUAGGCCAGAAGAAUUUCUCCCAGAGAGAUUCAUAGACAAUCCAAUUGACUUCAAAGGCCAAGACUUCGAAUUGUUCCCAUUUGGAUGUGGGAGAAGAGCAUGUCCAGGUUACACAUUCGGUGUUGCUUCAAUUGAAUAUGUGGUUGCCAAUCUCUUAUAUUGGUUUGACUGGAGGUUGCCCAAUCCUAGUGUUAAGGGGGAAGACUUGGACAUGUGUGAAGUUAGCGCCCUUGUUGUGUCUAAAAAAAUUCCUCUUCAUCUUGUACCAUCACUGCACUCUCCUUGAUCUGUCUUUUAAGAGAUUCAUGGAUAAGUUCUCAUAAUAAUGCAAUUUUUCUGUGAUCUUUUAUUUUGUUUUAGAA